AAGAAAGACUGAGAGGAUCCCGUUAGUGCCUGGGAACCCGAGGGAUCCUAGAGAGACAGAGAGGACAGGGAGAAACCGUCGGAAUGAUAACGCUGUGAGGUGCAGUGCUCAGGGAAAGCUACAUCAGGUUGUUUUUGCCCUUCUCUGUGUCCUGGAAGCAUCCUGAGCAGGAUCUGGUCUGGUCUGAGGGGACUGACUCUGCAGCACCAUGGUAGCCUCUAGUGACAAGGCGUCGCUCCUCUCAGGGCUGCUUGUGUUCAUGCUGUGUGUCGUCUCUUCUCUAUGCCAGGAGGAAUAUUCUGGAUACCACUCAGGUGAGGACCGCACCUAUGAGGAGUCGUCUGCUGUCGACCACUACAACCUAGCCUCUCCUCAACCAGAGUAUCCACCUGAGCCGACUCCCAGCUACGAUGAGGGGGAGUAUGAUCCGUACGGUCCUGCUCCCACCCAGGUCACCAUGAUCACUGAGGACGCCUUCCCCUACGCCACCACCACUGAGUCCCACUACGCCAAGGAGGACAAAGAGACCAUGCAGCUGCCCUACGACACCUCAGAGGAGUCGGGGAUUGACGCGGCACUCGGGGAGGAGAGGCCGACGGAGUGCGACUGUGAACCCGGUGAGCCUGGAUUCGCUGGCUUCGCAGGACCAAAGGGAUCCAGGGGCCUGCAGGGUAAAACCGGAGGCCCAGGAACACAAGGCAGAGAGGGAUAUAAAGGAACCAAAGGGGUUCAGGGAAGAGGAGGAGAUGCCGGACCAGUCGGUGAUGUAGGUGCUGAAGGUGAAGAAGGAGCUUCUGGGUUCUCUGGGGCCAUGGGAGAACCAGGACUUAUCGGAGCCUCAGGUGACCGUGGAGAGCUGGGUUUGAAGGGUGACAUCGGUAUGGAGGGACCCCGUGGAGGUGUCGGAGCUCCUGGUGAGACUGGUCCUCGUGGUGAUGCAGGUCCCACAGGACCAAAAGGGGGCAAAGGUAUCAAGGGGUCCGCUGGUGACGAAGGAAAAGAGGGUCCUCAGGGCCGAGAGGGACAGAAGGGUCAGAUAGGAGCACCUGGGUUUCCAGGUGACGUCGGAGAGAGAGGCUACACUGGUUACCCCGGUCAACCAGGAGGGACUGGGCCAAGUGGACCAAAGGGAACUCGAGGUCAAGAUGGCCUUCCAGGAAGUGAUGGUGACCCUGGAGAAGAUGGUCCUAUAGGAGUGCCGGGGUUGAUGGGAGAGCCCGGACCAUUUGGUACCAAGGGCAAUAAAGGGGAUCGUGGUGUCCGGGGACCUCGAGGCAGAGUGGGCUUUGUGGGAGCUGCAGGAGAACAAGGAGAUGCUGGUGUACCAGGAAAACUAGGACCAAAGGGCCUCCAGGGCCAAACGGGGGCCAAAGGUGAGACAGGACCUGACGGUGAGAAGGGUGCAGCAGGGAAAAAAGGCGUUAAAGGGGACAAAGGACAAAAGGGAAGCGUAGGCGAUCGGGGAGAUAAAGGACAGCGUGGCCCAAAAGGCUCAGUUGGUCGUGACGGUGGCCCCGGCCCUAACGGACCGCCUGGCAUCCCGGGGACCAGAGGAGAGCGUGGCCCCAUCGGAGACCCGGGAGUCAAAGGACAAGCAGGACCCAAAGGGGUGCAAGGUCCAACCGGUCCUGGUCUUACUGAUGAACAGGUCCUGCAGCUCUGCCGAGGGGUGGUCACAGCCCAGAUCUCCCAGUACGCCUCCUCAAUCCAAGCCAAGUGCUCCCAGGGAUGUCCCACCAACAACCGUACCCUCAUCGGGCCCCCAGGAGCCAAAGGACCACCGGGAGCACCAGGCAAAGCUGGUAAAGCAGGAAAAGCUGGAGCUAAAGGAGCGAGAGGCCUUCAAGGUGACAGAGGACUAGAGGGACAGAAAGGAGCGCAGGGUGAUAGAGGUCAGAAGGGACCUAAAGGCGUUGCAGGUGAUCCAGGUAAAGGUCUGCCAGGACUUGAUGGACCGCAAGGAUUCAGAGGUUUGCCAGGUCAUCCAGCCGAACCUAAAGAUGGCAUGGAGGGACCCCGUGGACCUCGUGGCUUCCCUGGUCCAGUAGGUCAAACUGGUAUGAUCGGUGAUGCAGGUGUGCCAGGAUUUUGCGAGGUGCGGGACUGCAGCAUUCAUGCACCAGUGAUGCGCAAAGAACAGGGUCUGGUGAAAAGACCCGGGAGUUCAAAAAUCUGAGUUUCAAGGACCACCUUGAGAUUAUAGUUUGUGAGGAUCACCUGGUGGCAACUUCACGGUUUGACUCAGUAAUAACACAGGAGCUGGAUUUUAAUGGAGAAAAAUCUUUUGUAUACAUUAAUGCCAAAAACUGUGAGGAAUAAGUCAGUGGACCAAGAUUAGUACCAUGGGGCACUCCACACAAAAAUGUUGAACUGUGCAGCAAUCAUCCUUCCACCUGAACCAGACAAGGUAAACAUCUAAACUUUAGAGAGUUUAUACAUAAUAAAUAUCUAAACUGUUAUUUUACACUACAAUUUAGGGCAAUGUGUUGUGCUUAAUUAAAAACAGUAAAUUAUUCCUCACUGAUAUUCUUUUGGUUUUAUUUGUUUUUUUUUUCUUUUCUGUUAUCCAAGAAAUAAAUACUAUGUAAAUAUUUUGUAAAGAAUCUUUAAUACAUGUACUGUACUCUGAAAUAUGUUUCAGAUAAACUAAUGUUUUUUUAAUCUGA